AUGCGUCCUCCCCACACCACUCGAGAUUUAUUCAACGAGACCCUCUGCACGUUGAAGGCGACGUUCGCCGCGGGGCGAACCAAAGACACGGCAUGGCGCAAGUGGCAGCUGAAGCAGCUUUGGUGGAUGGUUGCGGACAAUGAGCAAAGAAUUAUCGACGCCCUCAAGCACGACUUGAAUCGUUCCGAGGCCGAGUCGCGUCGGCUGGAGCUCUUCACAUUGAAAGCGGACAUUCUGAGCACGCUCAAGAGCUUCGAAGCUUGGGCGGCCGAUGAGAAGCCUGGCUCGUGGAAGAUCUUGAACCGGAUGCUGGGCGUGCAUAUCAGGAAGGAACCGCUGGGCGUGGCCUUGAUCAUCGGCUCGUGGAACUACCCCUUCCUUCUCCUGUUGCAGCCGGUCGUGGCGGCCAUUGCAGCCGGCUGUUGCGUGGUGAUGAAGCCGUCGGAACUUGCCACGGCGUUGGAGCAAUUGUUGGCUGAACUGGUCUCGACAUAUCUCGAUGGCUCGGCCGUGAUGCUGGCCACCGGCGGUCCCGAAGAGAUGGCAUGGAUUUUGGAAUGCCAGUACGAUCACAUUUUCUUCACGGGAUCCAGCAGGACCGCCCGCGUGAUUGCGGCGGCGGCGGCCCGACACCUCACGCCGACGGUGCUCGAGCUGGGCGGCCAGGGCCCUGCGAUCGUAUGCAAGACAGCCAAUGUUGACCUGGCCGCGAAACGAAUUGCCUGGGCCAAGGCCGUGAAUGCCGGACAGAUCUGCCUGACCGUCAACCACGUCUUUGCCGAUCCGUGCAUUUACGACGAAUUUGCGCAGCGAUUGCGGCACUGGAUGACGGUCUUUGAAGCCCAGAGCGGCGGCGUGCCGUCCAUCAUCAACGAGGGACAUUUCGACCGCGUGCAAGGGUUGCUCGGCAGUACCCACGGGACCGUCAUGAGCGUGGGCCAGGCUGACAGGGAACGGCUGGCCAUCCCAUUGACCGUGGUCACGGAUGUGACACUGAAAGGCACAUUCACACCAUUGCAGCCCCGUCUUUUCGCCCUCAGUGAUCUCAGAGUGACGCUGACCGAGUCUGUAUAUGGACUGCAGAUUCCCUCAUGUCCCAAGAGCUCUUUGGGCCGAUCUGCCCAGUCAUCAAAGCAACAACUGCGGAGGCUCAGACCUCUAUCGCCGGGUAUGUGA